CAUCCCCCCACCUCAUCUCGAAGCACACCUCUGUCCUUUGGCUUCGACUCCACCACCAUGUCUACCCCUCAGGUUGUUAAUGUGACCUUGCCCGCCCUGCCUCAGGGAUGGAGUGCCGAUAAGGACUUCAAGGCUGUUGGCACACUGUCCGCUGGCACCCAGCGGACCGUGGAGCCCGUUGGGCCUCACUUCUUGGCCCAUGCCCGCAGAAAGCGUCAUCACCGCACUUUCUCCGAGGAUGAGCGCAUCCAGGCCCAGCACACCGUCAAGAAGACGGAGCAGGAGGACGACGACGACAUCUCUGAAAAUGAAGACCCCAUGAUGCUGUCCCGGGACGCUAAGGACUGGAAGAGCCAAGACCACUAUGCCGUGCUCGGUCUGAGCAAGCACCGCUGGCGCGCCACCCCCGAUCAGAUCAAGCGGGCCCACCGCAAGAAGGUCCUGCGUCACCAUCCCGACAAGAAGGCCGCCAUGGGCGACCGUGACGAGAACGACAGCUUCUUCAAGUGCAUCCAGAUCGCCGCCGAGCUGCUGCAGGACCCCGUGCGCCGCCGCCAGUUCGACUCCGUGGACGAGGCCUGCGAGGUGGACCCGCCCAGCAAGAAGGAGGUGCAGAAGGGCAACUUCUUCAAGCUGUGGCGUCCCGUGCUCAAGGCCGAGGGCCGCUUCUCCCGCGUGCAGCCCGUGCCCGAGCUGGGCGACGAGAACUCCACCCAGGAGCACGUCGAGAACUUCUACAACUUCUGGUACAACUUCGACAGCUGGCGGACGUUCGAGUACCUGGACGAGGAUGUCCCCGAUGACAACGAGAACCGUGACCAGAAGCGCCACGUCGAGAAGAAGAACGCCAACGCCCGCCGCAAGAGAAAGACCGAGGACAUCACCCGUCUGCGCCACAUGGUCGACGACCUGGCCGGCAUGGACGAGCGCAUCAAGAACUUCCGCAAGGCCGCCCGCGCCGGCAAGGACAAGAAGCGUCUCGAGAAGGAGGCCGAGGCCAAGCGUCUGGUCGAGGAGAAGGAGCGCGCCCGCGUCGAGGAGGAGGAGCGCAAGAAGGCCGCCGACGAGGCUGCCAAGGCCGACCGCGAGAAGAACAAGAAGGCCAAGGAGGCCGCCAAGAACGCGUCCAAGAAGAACAAGCGUGUGCUCAAGGGCUCCGUCAAGGACGCCAACUACUUCGCCGAGUCCGGCGCCCCCUCCGCCGCCGAGGUCGACUCCGUGCUCACCGACGUUGAUCUCAUCAUCAGCAAGAUCGACGCUGAGGAGCUGGCUGGCCUGGCCGAGCGUCUGACCGCCGCGGGCAAGGACAUCCCUGCCGUCAAGAACGUCUACGCCGAGGAGUCCAAGCGCCUGGUUGGUGCUGGCAAGCUCAAGGAGGGCGAGACCAAGACUUUCUAAGUCUUUUCUUUUCUGUUUCGGACGGUUCGAUGAGCCAUGCUUGACAUGGACUGAAAAGCUUGAUGGUGAAAACAUGACGUAUAUCUGCAGCCUAGAUCGAUAGAUUUCUUGCUACAUAAUGGAGCCAACGACUUAUUGUUAU